CUGUGCAUCUACAUAUACACUCACUCUCACAAAGUGCAAUUGAAGAUGUACAAAUGAAAGAGAAUCUUGACCCUGUCACUUCAGAAUCUCAGUCUAUAUGGAGUAAUAGACAGCCUCCUAAUGAAGAAGAAAAUAUGCAUGUGGUAAAAGAUCUUGAACCUGUCACUUCAGAAUCUCAGUCUAUAAGGAGUAAUAGACAGCCUCCUAAUGAAGAAGAAAAUAUGCAUGUGGUAAAAGAUCUUGUGCAUCGCAACAUACAUGUAAAAUGUGUUAGUAAGAAGGCUGUUGUUACGAAAACUGAGCGUGCUCUGUAUGAGAAAAUGUUGCAAGUUGGUGUGAAACUCAGCAAAUGCCGUAGUAAGAUUAAAAAGUAGGCAACCAAAAUCAAGGCCUUGCAAAAUAUUACCACAAACCCAAAAUUUUUGGAAACUUUGGACAAAAUGUCCAGCACAUCAAAAAUUUUAACUUUGCUGCAGUUCAGGGAGCACAAAAAGGAAAAAAAAGGUCGGCGUUUCACAUUAGAAGAAAAAAUUGUAGCUUUGACUAUCUUCAAACAAAGCCCAAAAGGAUACAGAUUCCUGAGGAAAAUCUUUAUCCUUCCAUCGCGACAAAUUUUAAUAAAAUUAAUUAAUACGGCAGAUAUAAAUGCUGGUAUUAAUAAAAAUUUGAUGGCACAAGUAAAAAAAGCCACACUUAAAAUGAAACCAGAACACAAAUUAUGUGUUGUUCUUUUUGACGAAAUGUCACUAAAACCGAAUGUGGCAUACAAUGAAAGAAAAGACAAAGUGAGUGGGUUUGUAACCAAUGGGCAAGAGACACUGCCUGAGUAUGCAGAUCAUGCGCAGGUAUUUAUGAUAAGAGGGCUUAUAAAAAAUUACAAGCAACCUGUUGCGUACACCUUUUCUCAGUCUGCCACGAAAGGACCAGAACUGGCAAAACAAUUAAAGGCUGUUGUCACAGAACUACAAAAUGCUGGUCUUAUUGUGGUAGCAACAGUGUGCGAUCAAGGUACAAAUAAUGUACACUGCAUUAAAUACCUGUUGCAAGAGACAAGAGGGAUUCUCUUACGUAAAUUAGAAGAACCUGUGGGAAAUAUUAUUUUAAUAAAUAACCAGGAGAUUAUUCCCUUGUACGAUCCACCUCACCUAAUGAAAUGUAUAAGAAAUAAUUUAAUUACGAAAAAUCUACAAUUUCAAAAAGAAAACAAUAUUCUUAUGGCAAAGUGGGAACACAUAACUGCACUGCACCAAGAAAACCCAGGCUACAAAGGCAUAAGACUGGUGCCAAAAUUGACAGACUCCCAUUGCAUUCCAAGUAAGAUACCUAAGAUGAAGGUGAAAUUUGCUACGCAACUGUUCAGCCAAACUGUAGCAUCAAAUAUGGGCUACCUAGCAGAAAAAGGAAUAAUCUCCCAAGAUGCGCAAAACACCGCAGACGUCAUCUUGUUUUUUGACCAACUUUUUGACUCAAUUAAUGGAAGCUUCGGAAAAAGGAAGAAGCACAGUAAACCUCUUCUGGGACCUGCGACGCCUAACUCACCACAUCACAAAACAUGGAUGGAGGCUAAAAUAUUUUUAAAAAAUAUGAAGUUUGUAAAUGUAAAAACCUUGAAUGUGGAGCAUGUUCCCACUUUAAAUAACUGGGUAUGGACACUAGAAGGAAUUGAACUACUAUUAAAAAAAAAUGCUGCUAAGUACGGAGUGACAUCAGUUUGGUUACGGCAUCUGAACCAGGAUCCGAUUGAAAAUUUUUUCGGAUCGAUAAGGAGCCAAGGAUGCCGCAACGCAAACCCUACUCCAGAUGGGUUUGAAGCAGCAUUUAGCAGCUUAUUAAUAAACAGCCUAUCUAGUGUCCAUGCCCCUGGGGCCAAUUGUGAGGUGGAUAAUUGCCAUACUUUGCAUGAAGUUCUCAUCACUAGCGGGGCCUGCAAAGAACAAAUAAAUUGCGAGCUGUCUAAGAUUCCGGACAUAGAAUUUACACCCCUUGAAGACAAAAGUGACCCCCGAAUAGUUGGGGGGCUACAAUAUGUUAGCGAUUAUUUUAUUAAAACCGCUAAGAGGAAAGUCUUCAAGGGUUGUAGUGAAUGUAAAAAAAAACUUUAUGUCCGAUCAGCAACAAGAGUACAUAAAACGCAGAGAAUAUGCUAAUAAAAAAUGGCUUUGCAGUCCCAGCGACUCUCUCUUGAAUUGUAUUUCAAAUCUGCAGUAUAUAAAUUACGCAAUAAUAACAAAGUGCUUACAUACAAAAUAUUUAAAAAAUUUAAUUAAAACAGUAAUAUUUAUUCACAUGCAAUUUGAGUUCUUGAAAUGUGAACUACAUAAAGAAAAAUUAAUAGAUUUUCUAAUCAACAUAUCCUGCAGAUUCUUCAUUUACAAUUACUGUAAGAAUAUAAACAGAAUAUUAAUGAAUAGGAGAGACUGUGAUGAUUGUACGGAUGUACGGAUUUGUAUAAGCUGAAAGCGAA